GCGCGCUGUCCGCGUGCGACGGCGAGGCGCUUGGCGGUCGGUCGCGGAGGGGUGAGGCCCGCGGUCGCGCAGCGUCGGCCGUCCGCCGCCCCGCCCCAGGCCGUGGAGCUGCUCCGUGCGGGCGGCGGGAGCUCCGAGACGCCGCGCCUGGCGCACAGGGCCCGGCGCACGCCGGCUGCGCCAUGGUCCAGCUCUCUACUCUCCUCUGCAGAGCCUACCACGGAGGCCACUUAACCAUCCGCCUUGCCCUGGGCGGCUGUACCAACCGGCCUUUCUACCGCAUCGUGGCUGCUCACAACAAGUGUCCCAGGGAUGGCCGUUUUGUGGAGCAGCUGGGCUCCUAUGAUCCACUGCCCAACAGUCAUGGAGAGAAACUCGUUGCUCUCAACCUGGAACGGAUCCGGCAUUGGAUCGGCUGUGGAGCCCACCUCUCUAAGCCUGUGGAAAAGCUUCUGGGUCUUUCAGGCUUUUUCCCUCUGCAUCCCAUGAUGAUCACAAAUGCUGAGAGACUGCGACGGAAACGAGCACGAGAAGUCCUCUUAGCCACUCAGAAAACAGAUACAGAGGCUAUAGAAACAAAAUCAAUCUGACUUCAGUGAGCAGUGGGAACAAGGUCAAAGUCCUCUUAAAACACCUGUGCAGAGCUCUUAAUUUUAUCAGAUUUAGAGGUCAAUAAAUGGAGUUUUUUAAGUCA